UCUCUCUCUUGUCUAAGUGUUUCCCCCCAAAGGCAGAAGACAACUCGACAAGACACAAACUCGAACCCAUUUUGCGAUUACUUCCACUGUUCCCUCCACAUCCUCCCUCAGUAAAACCCUAAUCUUCGAUCUCUCUUCUCUUUCUCUCUCUAAAACCCACACUUUCUCUCUCCCCUCAUCGAUUCCCCUCUCCAAUCUCCUAUUCUCGUAAGAUCUCCUAAUUUUCCGCCUAGGGUUUCUUCGGAUUGGGCCUCCGUCAAGGCUGGCGGGUACUCGAGCCAUGUAAAUGGCGGAUCCGUCAGGUAUCUGCCCCUGCAAACGUCGUAUUACAGUUACAGUUACAGAUACAGUUACGGGCGGUAGCGUCAGAAGCAGCAACAGUAGCAGCAGGAGAAGAAGAAGAACAUUGGUGUUGAUAGGGUCAAAGAGUGAAGCAUGCUGAGCGUGCUGCGAGUGCACCUCCCUUCCGAUAUUCCCAUUGUAGGAUGUGAGCUCACGCCUUACGUGCUCCUCCGCCGCCCAGACAAGACCGUUACCACGGAUGAUGUUUCCGAGACCAAUCCCUUAGAUGGCCAUUUCUUGCGUUACAAGUGGUAUCGUGUACAAAGUGAUAAAAAGGUUGCUGUUUGUAGCAUACACCCAUCAGAGCAAGCCACCCUGCAGUGUCUAGGUUGUGUUAAGGCCAAAAUACCUGUUGCCAAGAGUUACCAUUGCACAUCAAAGUGUUUUUCAGAUGCAUGGCAACAUCAUCGUGUCUUACAUGACCGUGCUGCAAGUGCAAUCAAUGAAAAUGGAAAUGAAGAGGAGGAGUUAUUUGGGCGUUUUAAUAAUUCUGGCUCUGGAUCAUCAAAUACUAGCUUAUCUGCCUCUGCAUCAAGUGCUAGCUUGACAAAUGGAUCUGCACCAUUGUAUCCGGCAGCAGUUACACAGCGAAGCGGUGGUGAAACGUGGUUUGAAGUUGGACGCUCUAAGACAUACACCCCUACUGCCGAUGACAUUGGUCAUGUCCUGAAGUUUGAGUCUAGCCCACGACGAAUGAUACCUGUUGAUCCGAUGGGGCAUUUAGAUGCUGAUGGGCGUAUAACAUCUUCAGGAUCUUUUACAGUUCUAUCAUAUAACAUAUUAUCUGAUGCAUAUGCCUCAAGCGAUCUUUACAAUUAUUGCCCUUCAUGGGCUCUUUCGUGGCCAUAUCGCCGGCAAAAUUUGUUACGAGAAAUAGUUGGUUACCGUGCAGAUAUUAUUUGUCUGCAGGAGGUUCAAAGUGACCAUUAUGAGGAAUUUUUUUCCCCAGAACUGGAUAAACAUGGCUAUUAUGGUCUUUACAAGAGAAAAACAAAUGAGGUAUACAAUGAUAGCAACAAUAAAAUUGAUGGUUGUGCAACAUUUUUUCGUAGAGACAGAUUUUCACAUGUGAAGAAAUAUGAGGUUGAAUUUAAUAAGGCUGCACAGUCAUUAACAGAUGCCAUGAUCCCCACCACCCAGAGGAAAACUGCCUUGAAUCGGCUUGUUAAGGAUAAUGUUGCACUAAUAGUUGUUCUAGAGGCAAAGGUUAACAAUCAACCUGUUGAUAAUCCAGGAAAAAGGCAGCUUCUAUGUGUGGCAAAUACUCAUGUAAAUGUGCAGCAAGAUUUAAAGGAUGUCAAGCUCUGGCAGGUGCAUACACUGUUAAAAGGAUUGGAGAAAAUAGCUGCUAGUGCAGACAUUCCAAUGUUGGUUUGUGGAGACUUCAACUCAGUUCCAGGAAGUGCUCCCCAUGCACUUCUUGCAAUGGGGAAGGUAGAUCCUUCACAUCCCGAUUUAGCCGUUGACCCACUUAAUAUUUUGCGCCCUCACAGCAAGUUGGUUCACCAGUUGCCACUGGUCAGUGCAUAUUCAUCCUUUGCAAGGACAAUGGGUCUUGGUUAUGAACAGCAUAAACGUAGACUUGACAGCACAACAAAUGAACCUUUAUUCACAAAUGUCACUAGAGAUUUUAUUGGCUCUCUAGAUUAUAUAUUUUAUACAGCGGAUUCAUUGGUUGUGGAGUCACUAUUGGAGCUAUUGGAUGAGGAGAGUUUGAGGAAAGAUACCGCACUUCCUUCUCCAGAAUGGUCCUCGGAUCAUAUAGCUCUCUUAGCUGAGUUCCGCUGCUGCAAGAAUAGAUCUAGGCGUUGACUCAUAAGGUCAGAUCCAGAGAUACACUUAAACAAAAAGGUUGAAAGAAUCAAGUAUUUAGUUGACAAGAUAUUGUAAGAGUGGUAGAUCAUGGCCUUUGUCUUUUUCCCAGGUAUCUCCCAUGUGGGGUUCCUUGCAAUGAUCUGCUUUGUAUUAUGUCACCUUUGUUUCAUAAAAAAAAAAGUAAUUAUUAUUAUUAUUAUUAUCCCCUUUUACGAAUUUCCUC